ACUCUGAUUGGCUGUCUUCUCCAUCAGGGUCACGCCCACAGCUAAGGUCAAGAGCGUGUGUCUGUUUCUCACCAGCUUCGUGCUACCAGCCGGCUAAACCCAAGGUGUAUCGAAUUGUAACGUUUGCGAUUGUGCAAUUUAAUAUUAAUAUUAAAAUGAACAUUAAAAUGAGCAUUAAUAUGAAUAUGAAAUUAAGGAAGAUAUUCGUGAAAAGGCAUAGAGAAUAGCUGGCUAACGUCGACUCAUGGUCAAAACCAUCGAAGGGUGUCAACCAGGGGAACUUUAACGAUCAUAGUGGCCAGUGCGGGACAGAGAAAAGUAAUCAGUCAACCCUAGUAUUAGAGCCAGCAGGUGCUUGCUUCUCUCUCUUCCAGGGAGUUUUAAAAAAAGUGAUGGACUUCCUCGCUGGCUGCAUUGGUGGUGCUGCCGGCGUCUUAGUGGGCCAUCCGUUCGAUACAGUGAAGGUCAGGCUUCAGAUUCAGAAUGUGGACAAACCUCUUUACCGCGGAACCUUUCACUGUUUCCAGUCCAUCAUACGACAAGAGUCGAUGCUCGGUCUGUACAAAGGCAUCGGAUCCCCCAUGAUGGGCCUGACCUUCAUCAACGCCAUAGUGUUUGGCGUCCAGGGUAACGCCAUGCGUUACCUGGGCCGCGACACGCCCAUGAACCAGUUUCUGGCGGGUGCGGCCGCCGGCGCCAUCCAGUGCGUGAUCUGCUGCCCGAUGGAGCUGGCCAAGACGCGGCUGCAGAUGCAGGGCACCGGGGAGCGCAAGUCCACCAGGAAGCUGUACAAGAACUCCCUGGACUGCCUGGUGCGCAUCUACAACCGCGAGGGCUUCCGCGGCAUCAACCGCGGCAUGCUUACCACCCUGAUCCGCGAGACCCCCGGUUUCGGCGUGUACUUCCUCACCUACGACGUGCUGACCCGCGCCAUCGGCUGCGAGCCCGAUGCCCCCUUCAUGAUACCCAAGCUCCUGUUCGCAGGCGGCAUGUCGGGCAUCGCCUCCUGGCUCUCCACCUAUCCCGUGGAUGUGAUCAAGUCCCGCCUACAGGCGGACGGCGUGGGCGGGGUCAACCAGUACGCCAGCAUCGCAGACUGCGUGCGGCAGAGCGUCAAGAAGGAGGGCUACAUGGUGUUCACGCGGGGCCUCACCUCCACGCUGCUCCGGGCCUUCCCCGUGAACGCCACCACCUUCGCCACGGUCACGCUCGUCCUGAUGUGGGCCCGGGACAGGGAGGCGGGGCUAAAGGACUGUGAGGCGGCCCCGCCGACCCUCCCUGCCCAGCUCCAGGCGCCAGGCCAGGCCCAGGCGCAGGUCUCCAGCUUCUGAGGGGGCCUGGUUGCUUCCUCCGGCUUUUGAGCAAGGCACUUUGCCGGGGAUUGUUAUAAAGUUUCCGAUCCGACCAAUGCAUCCCAACUUUGAAGGUAGAGUGUUAUGCUUUGGUUCGGUAAAAAAUUGCAAUACUGUUAUAGUAAUAAUAAUAAUGCUGUCCAAAACCGAUAUAUAUUUAUUUUUUUAUAUGGCAUUUAUAAAUUUGAGAGGUAUUACCAGAUUACGGAGUUUGCCUUUUUACCAAAUGUAUGGCAGUUUGUUAAAACUGCCAUAUAUACAAACUUUCGUGAUGUACAGCUGGUAUUUAGCAUAAAUUAUAUUUGCCUGCUGGUCCAUAAUUUUUUAUCCAAUGUAUGAACUAAUUGACAUACAAGACAUAAGUACUUAUUCUUUGUGUGUCACGUGAAUAAGUGUUUGAUAAGGGAUAAUGAGCAAUGGUAAAUAACAACGAUACGCUGAAGAAAUGCAUAAACAUUGGCUGUAAACUGUCUCGAAGCCAUGCUCUAUGCAUGUUACUAACCCAGGAUCGUCUAAUGAACUGUAUCAGGUCAAACACUGAAACCCACUGAAAACACUGUACAUCAUGAGGUUUUGGGCUGCAGUUAUAUACAUAUUUUUUAUUUUAUUUAUAUUUAUACAUGCAUGUAUAGUUUUUUCAGCCUUAUUUUUAUUCUCCUAAAAUCGAUCGUGAUCGUGAAUGGGGAAACCAAUCUGGAAGAUGGCAUGGGGCACAGCGAUAUUAACGUAUCUGACAGUUUGUUUGCUGAACCAAAACUAGUUCAAAUUGGCUUGAAUGGGCCUUAUUGUGUUACUACUGAAACACAUUCGCAUGGUGCUGGUAUUUUCAUGUCUUUGUAUGUCAUCAGAGGUUGCGACAACCUUGCUGCAUAUUUUUAGUCUGUACUUUAUUUGUAUUAUUAUGAAUGGUUUGUUGGGUCUUACUAACUUAUGUUAAUGCUGUUCUAUCAUUUGUUGUGUUUAAAAGUUUUAACCUUGGCCUAGUUUCACAUAAUGCUAUUCAUUUGCGACUUCAAGUCUCUUUGUUUGUGUCGUAGUCUGAUAAUGAAUGUGUAGGGUUUGGUUAUCACAGUGACGGCUGUGAACAAAUGAAAGUCAUAGUCCUCACUAUGCAUUUUAACUUAUGAUGUAUCAUUUUGGGUGUUAGUGUUAUUUUGAUGGACCGGGCACUGCACGUACUGAUCACGGUUUAGUCGGGAUCAGCCCCUUCUGUGUAUGUCUGAGAUGUGUGUUUUGUCUGAAGAUCUUGCAGUAAAACAGUCUUGUUUUCUUUUUAACCAAAAAGGCUGAUUUGGUUUGCCUUCUAAUGCAGUAAUUAUGAAGCACAUUUGACUAAUGAUCUUCUUCCUCCUUUCUCCGUUAUACUAACAUACACAACCCACACUUUCUGGAUUGGAGGAUCUCUGAUGUUAGAAAGGGAUAAAGCUAAGGAGUUGUGUGGUACAAGGAUGUGAAGGGUGGCAUUCAGGCAGUAAGUUUCCAUUUUGAAUGUACCCGCAAUGACCAUUGACCUCUAAAGGCUACAGGAUUGGGAUAAAUCACAAAUUACACAAUUGCACAAGAAGGGGAAAAGGUGGAAUGCAGGCAGUAAGUUUAUAUUAUGAAUGUACAUGCAAAGACCAUCUACUUGUUAAAGCUAUGGGAUAGGACGACGUUACAAGUACUUAAGAUAUCCUGAAUGUAUCGCUCUUAUGACCCCAUGGGGUCUGGGAUCUGCUGCUGCUUUGUCGUGGCGUUGGUCGAUGUUUUGAAGACUUACUGGAAAGAAAAACUAUGCAGCUAUCGCAAUGUCUUAUCCGUGGAAAGACAUUGGUGACCAUGAACCACAUGGUGAAAACAAAGAGUGAGUCGCCGAGGCAAUAAGUCGCAGAUGCAAUAUCUAAUGUGUGUAAUGUCGAUGGAAUGAGAUGGCUGCUAGAUUGGUUUAAAGUACCGGGAUGUGUAAAUAAAUUAAAAAUAUAUAUGUGUCUGUGUACAUAUACAUAGAUAUUUUUCAAUCGAAAUGUUUUUUUGGAAUGUUAGCAUUACCAUGGUUUUUCAAAAUAUAUUUAUUCAGUCCAGUUUUACUGUGGAUGGAUUUUAUCAAGAUAAACAGCUGAAAUAUAUUAUUACAUAUUUUUCUUACUUGUCUCUGAAACUGUUUGUGGAGAUGGUACCCGAUGUUGUGUACAGGUGGUUAAAUAAACUCAAGGAUCAGUAUCAAGUGGCUUUUUCUUAUUAGGCCUAUUUUCUCUACUUUUGUUGACUUGGUACAUUCAUAAUCCUUCUCUAGCCCUUAAUAACUUGUUCAAAUAUAAAUUGUAUCAUGAAAUAGCUUCCUCAUCUGGUCUGCAGUACCGUCGUGGGCAUGGUCGUGGGGUAAACAAUAAUAACAUUUCUAUCAUGUUAGAAUGUUUUUUAAGGUAGUAUUGGAGUUGUAUAAUCACACAAAGCGUCCUAGGAUUGUGCCUGGUGUUUUGCUGGGGAAAAGACACAGGGGGCGCUGUAGAGGAUCAGUAUUAACUUGAAAUACAGAGUGGUACCUGUACAGCCAUGGGCUGUGGUCAGUCAGACAAUCCUUUUUGCAUCGGAAAGUACCUAACUGACCCGAACUGACCGGACGUCUUAAAGUGGCAGCCAUUAUAAGACCUUCGAAUUCUCUUCAUGCUGAGGAAAGGUGCAUUAAUUCUUCCUCUUCCUACUCAACCGUCCUUUUACGAAAGGAAAUGCGCUCAAUCCCUCCCACAAUUCCUUGGGACAGGAACUUUAAAAACGACGCACAAUUCACAAUCCUUUGAUUUAUUUUUAAUGUAUGUAUUUUGGUGUAUGAUAUAUCAAUCCCUCAAUAUUCUCAAUGAAGAUCCUCAAUAAUUUCCAUGCAUAUACUGUGGUAGUCUCGCAAAGCCAGACCAAACUACAGCAAGUAGAAAAUAUUGUGGCACUGGCAACCCGGCCCGGGCCAAUUAAGGAUAUGCAGAGCACCUGAGGAACAGGUGGAGAAGUGCUUCUCCACUCAUUCGGGGCUCUCCCAGCCCUGGAGCUCCUGCACGGAGAGACCAACUGCUGCUGUCCUCGUGGGUGACAGGAUUCCACCCACGGGGGAUAGCACCGUCGAUUCCUCCCAGUUUUUUUUUCGUUGUUGUAUUAUUUUCAGUAUGAGACUUGUUUGAUUUUGGAUUUAAACUGUCUUUUUGGCUUUUGCCCAGCGAAGUUGUGUCCUGUUUCGGGAGGUGGUGGUUCGCUCACCGUGCCGGGUUACCAUAAUAAUAUAUAUAUAUAUAUUUUAUGAUAUGUUUAUAUAAAAAUAUACAUUGUAUAAUUGUUUUGCUUAUUAUUUUGCGUGUGUUGCCUACGAAAAAUGAACACAAAAGAUUACCAUGUGGGACAUUACAAUUGAAAGGAGUUUUAAUGGGAAAACACAAUUAUUUGUUGAGUUUUGGGAGAGUAACCAAAGGUUGAAAAAAUAUAACAAAUAUGCAAAUAUUGCAAAAUAGGAAAUAACUUUACUUAUUAAAUGGAUCUACUCAAUCUAUAAAUAAAAAUGCAUUCCACACCGUCGUUGAAAUAAUUUGCGUUGCUCUUUAUUCAGCGAUAUGACGUACUAAUAUACUAUGAGCAUAUUAGGGAAGAAACCCUGAACCUAACAAAUAAGGAGA